CCACGGAUAACCACAAGCCCGCUUCCAAGUCUAGAGUCAUGGCCUUCAAGGUGCGUAAUCCUUACAUGGCAGCCUGAUCCUGUUCAUUACCUCACAUUUCUCCCCCAGUUCCUCGCUGUUCUCGCCCUCGUUUCGGUCGUCAGUGGCGGAGUGCUACCCGUCCAGCAGGUGUACCAUGCCGCCCCCGCCGUGGCCACCUAUGCCCAUGCACCUGUCGCCGUUGCCCACGCCCAGCCUGUUCUGGCCAAGGCCACCGAGGAGUACGAUCCCCAUCCCCAGUACAAGUUCGCCUACGAUGUCCAGGACUCGCUCUCCGGUGACUCGAAGAGCCAGGUGGAGGAACGUGAUGGCGACGUGGUCCAUGGCGAGUACUCCCUGAUAGAUUCCGAUGGCUUCAAGCGCAUUGUUCAGUACACCUCCGACCCGGUCAACGGGUUCAACGCCGUCGUCAACCGCGUGCCCCUGGAUCACGUGAAGACCGUGGUGAAGACCGUGGCACCUGUGGCAGUUGCUGCUGCCCCUAUUCCAGUGGCCUACCAUCAGCACCACUAAGGAACUCCUUGUGAACUCUUUGUAAAUCGAAUAAAUUGUUGAAU